UCAGUUCAGAGACACCAUGGGCAAUCACAGAGAGGUAUAGGUGUCUAUACAAAGUGCACUUCUUUAACCUCAGAGGAAUCUCUCCCAUCUCCACCAUGCCGAUGAAAUGACGGCUUCUCCAGGCAUGCAGGCGAAUAGAAUUGUACUGCACAUCCUUCUUGUGGUGCUAUCUCUGGAUGUCUGUCAGGUUUAUGGAGAUGUGACUGUAAACUGUACUGUUGAACUUCAUGUUACAAGAGGUAAACAAUACCAGGGAAAACCUGGGGACUUCCUCAGUAUAGAGUGUCCAGUGGAGUACUGCACAGAAAAGCCGGCCAUGAACUGGUGCAAGAUAGAGGAGAAGGGCUGCUUACUUCUGAAAGAUGAGUCAAACAUGCACACAGCCUGGAAACAAGAGAAAGUGUUUGUUCUGAACUUUGUACCUGUUCAUCAGAACAACAGUGGAUUCUAUCGUUGCCAAGCUACUGUGGGAAGUUUAAACAGUCAGAGCCAUGCAGUAGUAGUUCAUGUUCAAGAAGUGACUACAAAUGCCCCCACAAAUCCACCAUCAAAGGAAUUUGCAGGUGCCACUAAUGUCACAGAAGCUCCUCAAGGACCUAGCAACAACAAUAAGAAGUGGAUUAUUUAUGCCCUACCAUCUCUGGGGGCAUUGUGUCUCCUCAUCCUUAUCUGCUUAUGCCUGUUGUGUUGUCUGCAGUGGCACCAAGUGAAACCCAAGACAACCCCAGUAACCUCACAGAAGGAAAUGAACACGGUCAGCAGAUCUACAUGUGCUCCAUAUCACACCGAUAGGACCACGCAUGCCCCCAAUGAAGGAUCUACACUUUACUAUUGCUCCAUGGCUAGCCUGCAGCAGCCAUUGGAUGACAGCACAAUUUAUGAUAAUCAUGUCCCUCACUGGAAUGGUAGCAGGGCAGCAACUGGCAACGCCUGUGACAGCGCUGCUGUUGAUUCCUACCAGCCCUCAUCUGAGAGCGAAGAUGUCCUUGUUUAUGCUUCACUAAACCAUUCUAGUAUUCUAGAUAAGCUCCCGAGAAAAGAGCAGGAUGUGGAAAUUGAAUUUACAGAAUAUGCCACUGUUUGUGUGAAGAAAUAGCCCUGGCAAUGACAUCUCUUUAACUUGGCCAGCACCGUAACGUUACAUGUCCUGCAGUGAUUCAAGUUUUAAGUAGACUUUCUUCUAAACAAAGAGGAACUCUCAUCAAUAAAAGCAUGAUGAUUCUUAGGAUAUGUGCUGGAAUUCACACUUAAGUGAAGCCCAUGUUCAUGCUUGGAUAUUAGCAAUCACAUGUUUGUUAUCUUCCACGUGGAUUCAUUUGAAGCUUUCAUAUUCCAGGAACCCCCUGCUCUGAUCAAAGCACUGUCCAGAACAAAGUCAGAGUUUGGACAGGAUCAAUAAAAACUGAAUAAUAAAGGUUAGGAGCAUUGGAAAAGAAAACAAAUUUAAAGGACAAUGAACUAGAUUAGGUCCACUGGGGGAAAUUAUGAAUUAUGUUUGUUGAAGAAAACUUUUGACGAUAUGAAUUUUGCUUGAAGAACAUAUUUAAGCAUAAGACUGGGAGGUGUUCUUGACUAUGAGGAACAUAUCAACCUGCUACUAACUAAAAAGCAAAGCUAAUGGUUUUUUGUUUUUGUUUUCUACUACUAAUUUAUCACUCUCAACCAGCAGCUUAUCCCCAUCCGCGUAGAUGGGGUUAUCUAGACAGUAUGAAAAAAAAAUCUAAAAGAAAGAGAUCAUGUUUGAAAUGACAGACAAGAAAAUAACUAUGUGAAGUUAAAGAGGCAACAAAGAGGAGGAAUGUAUUGAUACACUGCAAGAUACACAAACAGUGGUAAUAGAUGCAUACAUUAAUUUAUGCAUUUACAGAUAAACAGAUGUCAUGUUGAUAAGACACAUUACAGAUGAAUGGAUGGCUCAACCUGUCAUAUGGAAGCAUAGACUGUAGGUGAACAUGGAAUUUACUUUUCUGUGGAGAGCCAUGACUGGGGAAGCCAAACACCAGCAGUUUGCUGAAUGCUGCUGUUCACCUUCUUACAAGUAAAAUGAACGGCCACCGGAUCACCUGAUUCUCAAACAACUCUACUAGCUUCCUAUUUAGUUCAGGAUCCAGCUAGAAAUUGCCCUAAUUUUUAAAAACUUUAUAUGGACUUACUCUGACCUACUUCUCUGACACUUUGUUCCUCCCAAUCACACUCUUCUCAUGGCCUUCUCCACAUCCCAUCAUAUCAUCUCAAAACAGUUGGCAAAAAGAGCCUUCACCCUUCAUAGAUCCUGACAUCUCCCUCCCCUUUCAAAAUCUUAUCUGAAACAUAUUGUCUCCCUGGUUUAUACCAACUGAUUUCCCUCCACCUCUGAUUUCACGUUUAACUGUACUGUUUGUUUAUGUAGAGAGCCUGGGAUACAACAUGAAAGAUAUUAUACAAGGCCAAGAUGUAUUGUGCUGCUGAGGUGAUAAACAAACAGGAAAAAGGUCUAAGGGUUUAUCUACACAACAAAGAAAAACCUCUGGCUGGCUCAUGCCAGCCAACUCAGGCUAUGAGGCUGUUUCAUUGCUCUGCAGACUUCCGGGUUCAUGCUGGAGCCCAAGCUCUGGGACCCUCCCACCUUGCAGGGUCCUAGAGUCUGGACUCCAGCCAAAGAGGUCUCCAUAGUAACGAAACAGCUGCACAGCCUGAGUAGGCUGGCAUGGGCCAGCCCUAGGUUUUUCUUGCUGUGCAGACAUACCCUAAGUGUCAGUUUAUUUAUUUCCUAUAAAUAUUUCAUUUGUGAACAGGCUGGUUUUUUUAUUUAUUCACUUUUCCAUAACUAUUUGAUGAACAGUUUAUGUGGUCAAAUUUCAGCUUACAGGUUGUUCACAAAUUGUUCCCUUAAAGUAUUCAUAAUUGGCUUUCCUGGGAUUCUGAUUGCAGGGCCGGCUCUAGGUUUUUUGCUGCCCCCAGCAAAAAAAAUUUUGGCUGUCCCCCCCCGCCUCCCCACACCCUCCUGCCGCCCCAGCCCAGGGUCACUGGUA